CUCACAUGUACACAAACCCGAGAUGGAUUCUAAGGGGAGUGAUGUUUCAUCAAAUAGUGGCUUUCAGACGAGUGAAUCGGCCAAAAACGACGAUUCAUCUGCUGAAACGAAUGAAUUAUGUCCCGGUUUUAAGGACGUCGAUGCAUUCGUCAAGUAUGGACUGGGGACUGUAUUAUCAGCCACCAAGGCAUCUGCUGGACUGCCUCAAGCGGGAGAUGAAUAUGAUUUCUAUCGUAGCUUCCCUGGAUUCAGAGAGUUCUGUCAAACUCAAGGAGAUAAACUCUUACACUGCAUGAGUCAGAUAAUGCAACACCAUGGCUGCAAAUCUCUCUUGAGAGGCCAGAACAAUCUGACGGGUUUGGAGGAGAGGUUUGACUUGGUGGUGGACUCCAAUGAUGUCAUUCUUGAAAGAGUGGGAAUCCUGCUUGAUGAAGCAGCUGGGCUGAACAGGAGCCAGCAGCCUGUUAUGUCUGCAGGGUCUCAGCCUUCCAAAAUCAUCGUGUCCAGCUGGAACCGGAAGGGCUCAGACUCCGGACGUGGGGAGACUUUCAGACUGCUCCAAGCCAAAAACAUUGUCAGGCCUCAGCUGAGAUUCAAAGAAAAAGUUGACAAUAGCAACACACCCUUUAUCCCUAAGAUCUUCAUCAAGCCCAAUGCAAUAAAGCCCCUUCCUUCAUAUUUUACAAAAAAGCAAAUCUGCAAACAGAGACCUGAAGACUUGGAUGUCCCAGCUGCUUUGGCUGAUUUAAUCCACCAGCAAAGAACUCAGAAAAACAUGGAAGACAUGUUUGCACAUCCGUACCAACAUGAAUUGGAUCAUUUUAUAACACCGGUAAAGUUACUGUCAAGGCCUGAACCUCAGAUGUAUAAACCAAUGGCAGAAACCAAGUUUUCUUUUAUAUACUCGCUGGAGGAUCUGGUGGCUCUGAAUGAGAAACUUGCCCAAGUGUCAGAAUUUGCUGUGGACCUGGAGCACCACUCCUACCGGAGUUUCCUGGGCAUCACCUGUCUGAUGCAGAUCUCCACCAGGGAGGAGGACUUCAUCAUAGACACCUUGGAGCUCCGCAGUGAGCUGUACAUACUGAACGAGACAUUCACAGACCCAUCUAUUGUCAAGGUAUUUCAUGGUGCUGACUCUGACAUUGAAUGGCUACAGAAGGACUUUGGCCUAUAUGUAGUGAGUCUCUUUGACACACACAGAGGCAGCUGUGCCCUGAACAUGGCGAGGCACUCGCUUGACUACCAACUCAAACACUUCUGCAACGUGGACUCCAAUAAACGCUACCAGCUUGCUGACUGGAGAAUUCGCCCCUUGCCAGAGGAGAUGAUUGAGUAUGCAAGAGCAGACACCCACUACCUCCUUUAUAUCUACGAUUGUCAGAGAGCCCAGCUGAUGGACAUCAUCCACGGGCUGCCUGGCCUUCUUCAGAGUGUUUGGAACAAGAGCAAGGACAUAUGCCUGAAGAAAUAUUUGAAGCCCAUUUUCACGGAAAAGUCGUACUUGGAGCUGCAGAGGAAGCAGAAGAAAUCAUUUGAUACCCAGCAGCUUACCGCCUUCAGACUGUUAUUUGGCUGGAGGGACAGGCUGGCCAGGGAGGAAGAUGAGAGCACUGGAUAUAUCCUACCCAAUCAUAUGCUGAUGAAAAUAUCUGAAGAGCUGCCGAAAGAGCCACAGGGCAUCAUUGCUUGCUGUAAUCCCACCCCCCCAAUGGUGAGGCAGCAGGUGAAUGAGUUGCAUUCACUGGUACAGCAGGCAAGGGACGUACCUCUCCUUAAGGCUGAAGUUGUAACUCCGACGAAAAAAGGACUCACGGACAUUAAAAUGCCAGAGACUACCUUGUUUGGUCCACAUGAUACCUCCAGAGUCUCUGAGGGCAGUUUUUCCCUCCACUCUCCAGAUGAACUGCCAACCAAGCGUGGAACACUCUUCUCAGAAGAUGAACAAACAACGGAGGUUGAUGUACAGAAAAUUGCCGGCCUGGUCGCGAAAGCCAAAAUAACAGUCUUUGAGGUGGCAGAGGAAAAGAAAGACGAAACAACACUCACAGUGGCUCAGCAGAAAGCCAGCCGCAUCAUUGAGUCCUUCCAAAACCCUUUUAGAAUGUAUUUGCCCUGCAGUGGCGUGCAUGUCAACAAGAAUGCCAAGUUUGAUCCCUCUUCAAAAAUAUAUGAGAUAAGUAAGAAGUGGAAACUACAGAGUAUUGGUCAGCAGAAAAAGGAGCUGGAUGCCAAGAGGAAAUCCAAGGAGGAAGCAAAGGAACGUGCAAAGAAGUUAGCAGAAGAGCGAAUGAAGGCCAAGCAGAGCUACCAAGAGUCUCUCCAGAAUGUUGCCACUGUCCGCCAGCAAGUAGUUCAGGAAUCUGCAAAAGCAGGAGGAAAGAAGAGGGAAAGGGUCACAAGUGAGGAUGGAGAGUCAACCCCCAAACCCAACAAAAAGUUGAUGAAAUCUGCAGAGAAAACCAAAGAGAAAGACCCGGCUCCCCAAAGGGACUUCAAGCCCUUUGACUACAGUCAGUCAGACUUCAAAGUCUUUACUGGGGCCAAAUCAAAGGACAGCACACAAUUUGACCCAAACAGGGAAGGCCAGGAUUCAAAGCAAAAGAAAAACCAAAAGGGACAAAAGGCUAAUUUUUCUGCUGGAAAUCGAAGUAUGUCCUACAUGGCUGGAAAAUCGAACAGGGGGUUCCGGCACAACUGGCCUAAAAGAUAGACCUGCUCUUCAUUGAUUUUUUUUUUCUAACAUGUCUUUUUCCUACAUAAAAUUCAAUAUUUAUUGAAUUUUAAAUUAUAUUUCCUUUUGUCAGACAAUUUUAGAAUUUCAUUUAGCAGAGUUUUACAUGUAAAUAUGGGUGAUUCACAACAUAUGCUGUUGAAACUUUGUACCCUUCUCCAAACCUUCCCAUUAAAAUUGAUUUUAGAAGGAAAAAAAAUGGCCUCAUCUUGUGACCUACACUGCUUCAUCACCAAAGCUUAAAAUAUUAUUCUGUUUUAGCUGAGAUUAGGAAAACAUUAUUGUAUUUAAAUUUGCAAACUCACAUUAACAUUUAGGAGGAGAGUAAUAAUGAGUCUGAAAA